AUGACUGCAACCCUCAUUGACGGAAAAGCGAUUGCUCAAGCUGUUCGCAACGAAACCAAAGACAAGAUCCUGGCCAUCAAGGAAAAGUAUCCUCAUUUCAGCCCUCAUUUGGCCAUGAUCCAAGUGGGUGCUCGCGAGGAUUCAUCCAUCUAUGUCAAAAUGAAGGAUAAGGCUGCUAAAGAGGUUGGCAUCUCCAUUACCAUGGAAAAGCUGCCCGAGACCAUCAGUCAAAGCGAACUUUUAAGAAAGGUCAAGCAACUCAACAACGAUUACAAAAUCCAUGGUAUCCUCGUUCAAAUGCCAUUGCCUUCCCACAUUAGUGAGGCUGCUGUGAUUGAAGCUAUCGACUAUCAAAAGGAUGUAGAUGGCUUCCAUGCCAUCAAUAUUGGCAACAUGGCCAAGAAGGGCGGUGAUCCUCUCUUCUUGCCUUGCACCCCAAAGGGCAUCAUUCAUUUGCUGAAAUCUACAGGUAUUGACAUUGCUGGCAAGCAAGCUGCUGUUGUGGGCCGCAGUGAUAUUGUCGGUGCGCCUGUUGCUACAUUACUCACAGCUGAACAUGCCACCGUUACCCUUUGUCACUCCAAGACACCUGACAUUGAAGCCAUUGUCAGAGCAGCUGAUAUCGUGGUUGCUGCUGCUGGCAAGACUGAGCUUGUUAAGGGAGACUGGAUCAAACCGGGAGCCGUUAUUAUUGACGUUGGAACCAACGCUGUUGAAGAUGCCACCAAGAAGUCUGGUAUUCGUUGGGUUGGUGACGUUGAAUUUGCAAAGGCCAAGGAGGUUGCAUCCUUCAUCACACCUGUUCCUGGAGGCGUUGGCCCUAUGACAGUUGCCAUGUUGAUGCAAAAUACCGCCAUCAGUGCUGAGCGUUGGUUAACUUUGAGCCGUAAGCGUGAUAUUUCUGCUCUUGAAUUGGAUUUAAAGGAACCCGUUCCCUCUGAUAUUGAAAUUGCGAAGGCUCAAACUCCCAAGCACAUUGAUGAACUAUGCAAAGAAAUUGGUCUGAGUGCUAGCGAGUAUGAGCUGUAUGGCACUGCCAAAGCAAAGAUCAACCUUGAUGUCUUGGACAGACUUGAUCACCGUAAAGAUGGUCGCUAUAUUGUAGUUACUGGUAUUACUCCUACUCCUCUUGGCGAGGGCAAGUCUACUACGACCAUUGGUCUCGUGCAAGCCCUGGGUGCUCACUUAAACAAGGCUGCUUUUGCGUGUGUCCGUCAGCCCUCUCAGGGCCCUACAUUUGGUAUCAAGGGUGGUGCUGCUGGUGGCGGUUACUCUCAAGUGAUCCCCAUGGACGAAUUCAAUCUUCACAUGACAGGCGAUCUUCAUGCUGUCACGGCUGCCAACAACUUGAUGGCUGCUGCUAUUGACGCACGUAUAUUCCACGAGAACACUCAAACUGACAAGGCCUUGUUCAAUCGCUUGUGUCCUGCCAAGAAGGGUGUUCGUUCAUUUGCGCCUGUCAUGUUGAAGCGUCUUCAAAAGCUAGGUAUCAACAAGACGGAUCCUGCUGAAUUGGAUCAAGAUGAAAUCUCCCGUUUCGUACGUUUGGAUGUUGAUCCCAACACCAUUACCUGGCAACGCGGUGUCGAUGUCAAUGACCGUUUCUUGCGCAAGAUCACCAUUGGUCAAGCCCCCACUGAAAAGGGUAUGGAACGCCAGACAGGCUUCGACAUCACUGUUGCUAGUGAGGUCAUGGCUGUGCUUGCUUUGGCUACUGAUUUGAAGGACAUGCGACAGAGAUUGGGUAACAUGGUAGUUGCUUCCUCCAAGGCCGGUGAGCCCAUUACUGCUGAUGAUUUCGGUAUUGGCGGUGCCUUGACCGUGUUGAUGAAGGAUGCUAUUAAGCCCAACUUAAUGCAAACCCUUGAGGGUACGCCUACGAUUGUUCACGCUGGCCCUUUUGCCAAUAUUGCUCAUGGCAACUCUUCCAUUUUGGCUGAUAAGAUUGCACUCAAGUUGGCUGGUUCUGACGGUGCUGAUAUGGAGCCAGGUUAUGUUAUCACUGAAGCCGGAUUUGGUGCUGAUAUGGGUAUGGAAAAGUUCUUUGAUAUCAAGUGUCGUGUAUCUGGAUUGCAGCCCAAUGCUGUUGUCAUUGUUGCUACUGUCAGAGCUCUCAAGACUCACGGCGAUGGACCUGAGAUCAUUGCUGGUAAACCUUUGCCUGAAGCCUACGUUGGAGAGAACUUGGAACUGUUAGAAAAGGGCUGUUGCAACUUGGUCAAGCACAUUCAAAACGCAAAGAAAUUUGGUGUUCCCGUACUUGUUGCUGUCAACCGUUUCACUAAUGAUACGGAUGCCGAAAUGGAACUCGUUCGUGACCUUUCAUUGAAAGCCGGUGCCUUUGAUGCUGUUGCUUGUGAUCAUUGGGCUCGUGGCGGUGCUGGCGCUGUUGAUCUUGGUAAGGCUGUCAUCAAAGCAUGUGAGCAACCUACCGACUUCAAGUUCUUGUACGAGCUUGAUCUCCCUAUUGAAAAGAAGAUUGAGGCCAUUUGUCGCGAGAUUUACGGUGCUGAUGGUGUUGAAUUCAGUGAUUUGGCCAAGGAAAAGAUUGAAACUUAUACCCGUCAAGGUUUUGCUCCUCUUCCCAUUUGUAUGGCCAAGACACAAUACAGUUUCAGUCAUGAUCCUGCCCUGAAGGGUGUUCCUACUGGAUUCACUGUACCUAUCCGUGAUAUCCGUGCCUCUGUCGGUGCAGGUUUCCUCUAUCCUUUGGUUGGCACUAUGCAAACAAUGCCAGGCUUGCCUACGCGCCCUUGUUUCUUUGAUGUUGAUUUAGAUGACAAUGGAGAGGUCAUUGGUCUAUUCUAA